AUGAACACGAGACAAUUAGCUCAAGAACAUGGAGGUCCCGGAAGUGAAGGCAUUCUACCGACUGAAAAUAUUAUAUAUUUCUCCCUGGAGGCCAUCAGCGUGAUCUCCAACGCUACAGCGCCUGGGAGAGAACUAUGCCGUAUCACUACGGAAAGAGCUCUUAAUCGAGAGACGGAUGAGGGGGCUUUUAAUUUACUGCCUAAUCAACCCCCGAUGUGUUUACCGCAGGCGAACGAGUGGCGUCUAAUUUCCUAUGUUGGCGCUGUUGAUAGCCUUGACCAACUCUAUCAAAAUGCGAUUUCAAAACUUGUCUACACUUUACAGGGAGAAGAUGCAGCACACAGCCUUCGCUCGCGGAUAAGUGAUGGAAAUAUGACGUCUGAUCUAGCACAUUUAUUCGAGCGUGUCCAAAGGGCAGAAGGAAACUUCAAGUACGACCACUACCGCUGCUGGUAUCCCUGGUCAUCCAAAGGUCAACAGACGUGGAAAUCCAGGAUGUCGAAAAAUGGAAUGUUGACGUCUAGAAAGCUGUUUUUAAUCUCAUUGACACUUGUCUUACGAACGAACCCACUGGUGGGCGUCCCCCCCUUCUUUGACAGCACGCUAGUCAAAUCCACCUCUUCAUCACAGAAACGGCACAGUGAUGGCAAUUGGGCCCAGUUUCCUGAUCCUUCGAUGAUGUUCUUGCCUGAUGGUUUCAUCUUCAAGAAGACCUUCUCUCAGAACCACGCAGCACCUACUACACCACAGAGAGCAAAGCAGAUCUUACCAGUUCGAAGGCGGAAUGACACAAGUCAGCCUUCUUUUGAGAGCUAG